AUGGGACCCACCAGAUCGGCAAAAGCUCAAAACCAAGUGUGGAUGAGAUCGGCCAACAGAGAGAAACCAAGAGGUAUGGGACCCACCGGAUUGGCAAAAGCUCAAAACCAAGUGGGGAUGAGAUCAGCCAGGAGAAAGAAGCCAAGAGCAAUAAGACCCAUCGGCUUGGCAAAAGCUCAAAACCAAGUGGGGAUGGGAUCGGCCAGGAGAGAGAAACCAAAAGCUAUGGGACCCACCAGAUCGGCAAAAGUUCAAAACCAAGCGCACCUAAGGAUAGGAUCCGCUAGGAGAGAGAAACCAAGAGGUAUGGGACCCACCAGAUUGGCAAAAGCUCAAAACCAAGCUCACCCCAACUGGGGUUGGGAUCAGCUAGGAAAGAUAAAGCAAGGAGCAUGGGGUCCAUUGGAUUACCAAAAGCUCAAAACCAAGCGCACCCCAACUGGGGCUGGGAUCGGCCAGCAAAGGGAAAGCAAGGAUCAUGGGGCCCACCGGAUCGGCAAAAGCUCAAAGCCAAGCGCACCCCAACUGGGGUCGGUUAGCAAAGAGGAAAAUGCGGCAAAUGUGCAGAAAUCCAAAAUAAAGAAAAGAGUCCACUUGCGCAUGGGAUUGGCUGUCCGCAUUUGGAUACUCCACAUGGGGAUAACAGUCCAUAGUUGA